CCUCUUCAUUUCACUCCCCUCCUCCGCCUCCGAGUCCGACCGAUCGACUCCGUCCCACUGCCCAGCCUCUCCCGUCCCCCUCACCGACAACGAGAUCUCGCGCUCCGGCGGCGAGCGGGCGCGGUGGAGGUGUUCGCGAACUGCCCGCCCCCGACCCCGAUGCUCUUCCGGAAGCGCAUCAACUACGUGGCCCCGAUGCUCGCCUCCGCCUUCAUCCUGCUCCUCCUCCUCUCGGGCUACUUCGAGCUCCCGUCCAUCUCCUCCACCUCGCUCUCCACGCCAUCGCCGCUCCUCGCCGCGGCGCGCUUCCCCACCGCGCUCGACUCCGUCGGCUCCCGCGACCGCGACCCCUUCACCUCCCUCCUCGAGGCCUUCGCCUCCUGGGACGCCGCCGUCGGCUGCCCCCGCAUCCGCGCCAAGCUCGCCGCCACCGCGGGAGUGGAGCGGGGCCUGACACCGCCGGGCGCCGGCGCUAACGACACCGCGGCGGAGGACCCUGCGGCGGCGGCGGCGGCGGCGGCCGUCACCGGCGGCGCCGCGUGGCGGGGCGCCGCGAGGUGCGAGGACCUCGCGGCGCGCCAUGUCAACGUGCUCGUCAAGGGGUGGACGUGGGUCCCCGACGCGCUCGACGGCGUCUACACGUGCCGGUGCGGAGUUAGCUGCGUCUGGAGCAAGUCUGUUGCCGCCGUCGACCGCCCCGACGCGCUGCUCUUUGAGGGCGCCACGCCGCCGCCGCAGAGAAUGAAAGGUCUGCCUCUGCGUGUUUAUCUGGAUCUGGAGGCUAGUAGGAAGCCAACUGGUUUUGAGGACAUUUUUAUUGGUUACCAUGCCAAUGAUGACUUGCAAGUAACAUAUGCUGGAAAAUCAUUUCACACCAGCCGUAGUUACCAUAUAUCAACUGAAAAGAGAAAUGAUGCACUUAUUUACUGGUCAUCUUCAAGGUGCCUUCCUCAUAGAGAUAAGCUUGCAAAAGACUUCCUCUCAUUGGUGCCUCACCAUUCGUUUGGAAGAUGUUUGAAUAAUGUUGGUGGUCCUGACAUGGCCUUAUCCAUGUAUCCAGUUUGCUCCACCAAUGACAAUGGCACUCCACACUGGUGGGAUCACCUCCAUUGUGCAAUGUCACAUUACAAGUUUGUUCUUGCAAUUGAGAACACCAAGACUGAAAGUUAUGUGACUGAGAAGUUGUUCUAUGCUUUGGAGGCUGGGUCAGUGCCAAUAUACUUUGGGGCACCCAAUGUUUGGGAUUUUGUUCCUCCUAAUUCUAUCAUAGAUGCCUCCAAAUUCAGCUCACUCAAAGAACUGGCUUCAUAUGUGAAAAUGCUGGCAAAUGACCCUGUAGCCUAUGCUGAAUACCAUGCAUGGAGGCGUUGUGGUGUAUUGGGUAACUUUGGCAGGGCACGUGAGAUGAGCCUCGACACACUGCCUUGCCGACUCUGUGAAGUAGUUAGCAAGAGAGGUGGUAAGAGUGCAGAUGCAUUGUGAUUGAUCGGUGAUUUUGUAUGGCUUAUAUACCUUGAUCUGGACAUGUGAAAUAGAUGUAAAUGGUAUGCUGAAGUGCUCAUGCUAUUCAGUUCAGAAAAAAGUGCCUAGUGCUAUUCAUGUCAAGAUCAAAGACUCACAUUGUCGAAAGAAAUAGCGCAGUUAAUUUUUAUUAUUUUUUGACACCAUCUCUCUUUUAUCUUUUGAGUUUAGAGGCGUGUACAGUUUUUAGACUAGAGAGAGUUCAUGUUUUUAGGUAGAAAAGUAUACAAAUGGACUUCCUUGUUGUUGGUAUCAUAUGAACCAUAUAACCAUCUGUCAUACAUUAAUACACAUCCCUUUGAGGAAAAUGAUGGAUACACAGAAAUGAUGUUAUCUCAAAUUCUA